GUGUAUAAAACAGCCGAGAAACACCCAGCCGCUGGAAACUACCAAGCAGUGGAACAGCGUAAACACCUGAGAUCAUGGCAGCGAUGCAGGGAAGUGCAAUUGGCAAACCUCAGUUUGGCCCAUGGCUCAUAGAGCAGGUGGAAAGUGGGACAUAUGAGGGAUUGCGCAUGAUAGGCAAUGACAUAUUUCGGAUCCCCUGGAAACACAACUCCCGAAAAGACCUUGGGGACGACGAUGUUAAAAUAUUUAAGGCAUGGGCUGUGGUCAGUGGGAAGAUCAACGAGCACCCUAACGACAAAGCGAAAUGGAAGACAAAUUUCCGUUGUGCACUUCAUAGUCUAAAAAACUUCGAGAUGUUAGAGGAUCACUCCAAAGAUCAGGACGACCAACACAAAGUCUAUCGCAUCAUCCGUCCUCAAAACCACCAAGAGAUCCAGAAUGUAGAGCCAGUUCAACUUCCAUUCAUUCCUCAUCUCUACAGUGCAUCUAAUGACAUAUCUGAAGAAAUGGAGCAGGAAUUGCUCAACCAGGUGGAGACAAUGGAUCUAAGUGAACAACAUGCAGAAUCCCAUGCAUGGAACAACGGUUCCCAACAAAUCAUUCCGACCACCUCAAGCAACUACUAUGAGACUCCCUACUCUGAUGUUCCAUGCAUGCCGAAUAACACACCUCCCCCAGACCAGCUGCCCUACAAUACAGGGCAGCAAUGUAACCUUCCAGCUCUCUGUGACAUGGAGAUCUCGAUCAACUACAGAAAAACAGAAGUUUUGAAAACUCGCCUCUGUUUGCCACUCGUUCAGUUUCACUACCAGUGCGACCCAUCUGAGCUGAGAGGAGAGCCAAUCCGUUUCCCAUCCACCGAGGGUCUGAUCGACCAAAAACAGAUCCAGUUCACUAAACGCAUCCUGGACAGCAUUCAGAGAGGUCUGCAGUUGGAGGUAAACCAGUAUGGCAUCUACGGCUUCCGUCAGGACCAGUGUAAAGUCUUCGUCAGCACCAGCGACCCAUCUGAGAUCCAGAACCCAGAGCCCAGGAAACUGCACCAGAACACCAGAGAGCAACUGCUCUGCUUUGAUAAGUACUUCAGAGAUCUGAUAGAUUUUAUAGAGAACAGACGGGGUUCUCCGGAUUACACCAUCUACCUGUGCUUUGGAGAGAAGCUCCCGGAUGGAAAACCACUGGAGAAGAAACUUAUUACUGUCAAAGUUGUACCUCUGAUUUGCCGUGAACUUCAUGAGAGAGCUCAAAUGGAGGGAGCGUCCUCUCUUCGCAAUGGAAACGUUAGCUUGCAGAUCUCCCACAACAGCCUUUUUGACCUCAUAAAUUCUUUGGGUCUGCCUUCAGUGGCCUAAAGCAUGAAAUCAGUCAGCUGACAUGCCUUUCCACACACUCAUAUAU